CAACUGCAGCACGUAAAUGAAAUGGACAUAGGAAACAACUCUUCAGUGAUGGAGUUUAUUCUGAUGGGAUUGACGGACCAGCCUGAGCUACAAUUGCCCCUCUUCUUCUUGUUCUUGAUGAACAGCAUAGCCACUGUGGUGGGAAAUGUGAGCUUAAUUAACUUAAUUUUGCUGAAUUCACACCUUCACACACCCAUGUACUUUUUUCUCUUCAAUUUGUCCUUCAUUGAUUUAUGUUACUCAUUUGUCUGUGGCCCCAAAUUGCUGAUGGGGUUUAUUUCACAGAGGAAUGUCAUCCCAUUUACAGGGUGUAUGGCUCAGCUCUUUUUCUUCUGUUUUUUUGUCAGUUCUGAGUGCUAUGUGCUGACAGCUAUGGCCUAUGAUCGCUAUGUGGCUAUUUGUCAGCCCCUUCUGUACGCAGUCAUCAUAUCCCCUAGAACCUGUUCUCUGCUGAUGCUUGGCUCCUACUUGAUGGGGUUUAUGGGUGCCAUGCUCCACACAGGAUGCAUGAUGAGGCUUAUCUUUUGUGAUUCUAACAUCAUCAACCAUUACAUGUGUGACAUCCUCCCCCUGCUCCAGCUCUCCUGCAGCAGCACAUAUGUCAACGAGCUUCUGAGUUCUGCUGUUGUGGGCACAGUUAUCAUUGGGUCUAGCCUCAUUAUUUUCAUCUCGUAUGCUUCGAUUCUCUUUAAUAUCAUGCAUAUGUCAUCAGUCAGGGCUUCAUCCAAAGCCAUCAGUACCUGUGGUUCUCACAUAAUAUCUGUUGGCCUGUUCUAUGGAUCUGGUCUGCUCACUUAUGUCAAGCCAUCAUCUGCUAGCUCCGUGGGCCAGGGAAAGUUUUUCUCUGUGUUUUAUACACUUGUGAUUCCCAUGCUCAAUCCCCUCAUUUAUAGCCUCAGGAACAAGGAUGUCAAACUUACUCUGAAGGGAGCCCUGAAGAGAAACACAAGCUGA